AUGGUUUCGUACCAUGGAAGUGACUGGUCAGAGCAUCUCGGCACUAUCGAGUUUGCGCACGCUACACUGGUAAGCACGUCUACCCAGCUCUCACCAUUCGAAAUUGACACGGGGCGGAAGUGCAACAACGCCAUAACAGGCGACUCCAGUGACAACGUGACGAAGAUCGGUAUAUCCGAGUAUGCUAAGAAAUUUGCAGACAGAAGACAGAAGAUCAUCGAAUUUGCACGGAAGAACUUAGAGAGUGCUCAGAAGAAACAAAAAGAGCAUUACGACAGGAAACGCAGCAGUGUUACGUUUAAUGCUGGGGACAUGGUUAUGCUUGACGCUAGACAUCUCAAUUUACGCCAUCGCAACAACGGUCAAGAUGCAACAAAUUCAAAGCUAGUUGCGAAGAAGAUUGGGCCGUUCAAGAUUAAAAAAAUGAUCAACCAGAAUGUGGCCAAGCUGACUCUCCCUCGAGCACUCCUCAAGUUGCACCCGAGCUUCAACAUCGAUUUGUUAAGCCACUUUGUGCCAAACCCUGUGCGGUUUAGCAGUCGACCGGUGCCGAAAGCAGUACCAGUGAUACUUGAUGAAGCCACCGGUGACGAGUUGCACAUUGUGGAAGCGCUUGUCAAAAAGCGCAUGGUUAACAGACAACCGGAGUGGCUCGUCCGGUGGCAUGGACUUCCGGAGCACGAGUGUACCUGGGAAAAAGAAAAAAACAUCAGACACGUUACUCAUUGGCGCGAUUUAGUAAAAGACUUCCUAAUGCACCAACGCGAACUCCGCUCAGGGAGGAUGUAG